AUGAACGAGAUGCUCCUUCACUUCAGGCUGGAGUCAGCAGAUCCGAAAGAAUUAUUACCUCGUGUUCAAAAGCGAGUUCGGAAUCACCGUAAAAACAUCCUGAACGACAACGACUUUGUUGAUGAAAUGGAGGAUCUAAUUCAGAAAAAUCGGUACUCAAGUGGCCUUGGCGACAACGUAGCCUUUGCUUUCGGGUAUGCUGUAAGCUCUAUCAGUGAGCCCAAAUUGGGAAAGGGAUUCGACGAAAGCCCGCUAGUGUGUCCGACUUGA